AUUUUAUUUUUUUUGAAAAAUAAAUACAAACCAAAUAAUCUCCAUCUAACGGUUCAGAGCCUCUUCCCCUUAUUGCGUGCUCCCCCCUCUCUUCUUCGUCUUCCUCGAGAAACCCUAGCCCAUCCUCCAAUGGACCGCUUCGUCGCGCUCUCCCGUCGACAUAGGCGGUGGCUCCUCCUCCUCGCCGCCGCCUCCGCCGCGGGGUACGGCGCCUACAGGAUCUACCACCACCCCUCCGUCGCCCGCAGCCGCCGUGGAAUUGCCAGGCUCGCCGGAACCCUAGCGGCCGUCGCCGACGCCGCCGCGUCCUCCGCCGACGCGGCGGCCCUCGUCUCCGCCGACGUCAACUCCUUCCUCCGCUCCGAUGCCGACGAGGUCCCCGCCAGCCUGAGGCAGAUCGCCAAGCUCGCGAGGUCCGAGGAGUUCGUCGGGUCGCUUUCUAGGGUUUCCGAAGCCCUAACUGUUGGUAUCGUCCGCGGGUACGGCUCCAGCUAUGGCUUUGGGGGAGAAAUCGAAGAACUCGGCGGCUCUGAAUCGGCGUCUCGCUCCAGCUUCUCCGAUAAGCUUCUCGAUAAGCUCUUCUCCACCGCCGGAUCGGGCUUCGCCUCCGUAGUGGCCGGAAGAUCGGAGGGUGGGGGCGGUAGCUCCUCUUCGUAUUCUCCGGAUGUUUCUAGGUGGAUAGAGGUGAUCUGCGGCGAUAAGUGCAAGGAGAUGAUCGGCAAUUGCAUCCAGAUAUUCGUGAGCACCGCUGUGGCGGUCUACCUGGACAAGACCAUGGACAUCAACACCUAUCAAGAGUUAUUCGCCGGCCUCACAAACCCUAAGCACGAGUCGAAGAUGAAGGACAUGCUAGUUACUGUGUGCAACGGCGCCGUAGAAACCCUAGUCAAGACGUCCCACCAUGUGGUCACCGUGCCGAACGCGACCUCCCAAAGAAGAGGUGAAACAAAUGAUAUGGAAGAGGAAUCGAAGGGCUCACAUGAUAGGAUAUCAUCAGAUCAGAGCAGUAAGAGCGGUGGUGGGUGGGUUGAUACUGUUUCAUCGACAUUGGCUGUGCCGAGCAACCGGAAGUUUGUUCUUGAUGUCACGGGGAGGAUCACUUUCGAGACAGUCAGGUCUUUUCUGGAAUUCAUGUUGUGGAAGAUUUUAGAUGGCGCGAGGAGGGGCGUAAAUGCUGUUCACGAGGAGGUGAUUGGGAGGGUUUUGGAGGUGGUGAGGUAUAUUAGUGCCAAAUCUAUGCUUGUUGCUACGAUAUGCAUUACGUUGUGCAUGCGAGUAUUCACUAGGACGAAGGUUUUGACGCCGGCGUAAGUUGUCGGUGGAAAUUGAAUCCAUGGGCUUGAAAUCAAGUCCUCAAAUGGAACCCUCUAAUCAGGUGUAGUUUGGCACUUCGCGAAACCCCUUUUGUGCAGAUUUCACUUCUUAGCAACGAAGGAUUCCUCUGUUUUGGAUUUUACGACAUUUGUUUUACUGUUUACAUUUGUUUUACUGUUUUGGUAUCAUUCUUAGGAUCAGUGAGCCAAAUGUAAUAUGUGGGCUCAUUAUCUACUCAAGUCGUUGUUGGUAUUUUCACAAAUUUUUACACGAAAUGGGUUGACGAUUGAUAUCUGUCUCCUUUUUCUGAUGGAGAAACGCAUAUAGUGCUAUCA